CUCCUCGCCAUGGAGACCCGCUGGGGUGUAUAUGGGCUGGCACGGCACAACAACAGACACCCGACGUCUCGCCACACCCCAGACGAGAGAGAGAGAGCCAUCCAGCCCUCCUUCAAUCUUUUCCCCCUUCCUCCCUUUCCCCACCAUGUCCGUCUCUCUUGCCCUCGAGCGCGAGGCCGCCAUCAAGGCCGUCGCCGCCGCGUCCCGCCUCUGCCAGGGUGUCUUCAAGAAGCUGAUCGCCGAUGCGGCUUCUCGCGACUCGGCCACCCAGACCAAGGCCGACCAGUCCCCGGUCACUGUGGCCGACUACGGCGCCCAGGCGGUCAUGUGUGCUCUCAUCGCCCGCGACUUCCCCAACGACCUGAUCGUCGGCGAGGAGGACUCCAAGGACCUGGCCUCGGAUGAGGCCCAGCCCAUGCGCACCCUGCUGCUGGACCUGGUCAACACCGUCCUCGAGCCGAAGAUCACCGAGUCGGAGCUCCUUGCCUUCAUCGACCGUGGCAACCAUACUGGCGGCUCUACCGGGCGCUUCUGGACCAUGGACCCCAUCGACGGCACCAAGGGCUUCCUCCGUGGCGAGCAGUUUGCCGUUUGCCUGGCUCUGGUGGACGAGGGUCAGGUCCGCCUCGGUGUCAUGGGCUGCCCGAACCUGCCCCUCGGUGAUGGGUCCGGCCAGCUGGGCACCAUGCAGGUGGCCGUCGCCGGGCAGGGCGCCUUCGAGCUGCCGCUCUUCCCGGCCGACGGGGCCCAGGUCACCGAGCGCCAGAUCCACGCCGCCGCUCCGGCCGGCACUCCCCUGCGCUUUGUCGAGUCGGUGGAGGCCGCCCACUCGGACCACUCGGACUCCGGCCGCGUGGCCAAGAUGCUGGACAUCACCGCCGACCCGGUUCGCAUGGACUCCCAGGCCAAGUAUGCCUCGGUGGCCCGCGGCGAUGCGGCCAUCUACCUGCGUCUGCCCACUCGCGCCGGGUACGAGGAGAAGAUCUGGGAUCACGCCAGUGGCCGGCUCAUCGUGGCCGAGGCUGGCGGCCAGGUGACCGACGUCCGCGGCCAUGCGCUGGACUUCGGCCAGGGCCGCACCCUCAAGAACAACAUCGGUGUCAUUGCCACCAGCUCCCCGGAGCUCCAGGAGAAGACCGUCGCCGCCGUGAUGGAGGUCCUCAAGCCGAAGAACCUCUGGUGAAUGCGCGCCCCCGCGUCACACCACCGGGCCAAAGGCCAAAAAAGCAUCCCCCGCUCCCUCUCCUCCCUUCUCCCCUUGUGUCAGCCAUUUUCCCCUCUUGAGUGUAAAAAAAUAACAUGCAUUGCUGCAUCGCGCCCUCUCUU